CAUUCUGCAAACGAGUAGCAACAAGACAAGUACGCCCCUGUUGGCCCACUCGGUGAACGGUACUUGGCCUCCAUCGAACGGAAACGAGAACAACAACGAAGCCGACCUACGCGCGGAGGACGGAUACAACAGUACCAUUCAUCAUCACCAUCACAAGAAGGUCGGCGGCAACAUGACCGAGGAAAAGGCGCCUCUCUUUCCCCAAGAUCUCUUCACCGUCCAUCAACGGCGACGCGGUGCCGUGAUUCUCCACGUAAUCGGUGUUGUGUACAUGUUUGUCGCUUUGGCGAUCGUUUGCGACGAGUUCUUCGUGCCGUCUCUCGACGUGAUCAUCGAGAAACUCGAGAUCGCCGACGACGUUGCGGGUGCUACCUUCAUGGCGGCCGGGGGUUCGGCCCCCGAACUUUUCACAUCGAUAAUCGGCGUGUUCGUGUCGUUCGACGAUGUCGGUAUCGGCACUAUCGUCGGUUCCGCCGUAUUCAAUAUUCUCUUCGUGAUUGGCAUGUGCGCUAUAUUCUCGCGUACCGUGCUCUCCCUCACAUGGUGGCCUCUGUUUCGCGAUUGCACCUUUUAUAGCGCCAGUCUGCUCACCCUGAUCUAUUUCUUCCGCGAUAAUUAUAUUCACUGGUACGAGGCCCUCGUACUCUUCGGAUUCUACUUGGCUUACGUGAGCUUCAUGAAGUGGAACCAACCGAUGGAGAAGCUCGUCAAGAGAGUGCUUCACAGAAAUAAGGUGACCCGGGUGAGGUCUACCGAUCAGCUGAUGCCCUCGCACCAGAGCGCCGCCCAGGCAUUGCAGCAUCCGAACGCGACGAACAGUAGCGAGACGAGCGUGGGUGGCGUGUCGGGUGCAUGCGGAAGCAGCGGCAUACCGGCGGGUGGAGAGGCCGGGUGCAGCAGCAGAGGUGGCAGCAGCAGUGGUGCCGGUGGCACGGCCGGACAGGGCUGCGAGCAGGGAGCCCACGGUGGCUCCUCGUCUCAUUCCAGGGAGAGCCACGCCAAGUUCAGGCACGGCUUGCUACAGCUUAUGAUCCACACGAUCGAUCCGCUCCACGACGGCAAAGUGGACGAGAAAGCGACGCAACUGCACGCGAUAGCCUCGCUAAAGGUGCUGUUGGAUGCCACCAGGCCGCAUAACGGUGCCGCUACGUCGACCGCCGCCCAUUACUCAGGUGCAUCGUCGAAAGAGACCACUCUACAGCUACAGCAAGGCUCACAGGGCACCACCACGACCACCACUACGACAACGACCACGGCCGGCACCACCGCCGGCAUCCAAGAACUUCCCAAUGGCGGUAUAGCCGCUGGCCUCGACGCGGGCCUCGAUUCGGGAGAGGAGGAUGACCCCCCGGAAGCGUUGGACAUGGGGUGGCCCAGCAGUGCCAGGAAGAGGUUAACUUACAUUUUAGUCGCGCCAAUUCUAUUCCCUCUUUGGCUCACGUUACCAGACACGAGGACACCCAGAGGAAAGAAGUUCUUCGCGGUGACGUUCAUCGGCUCGAUCUUUUGGAUCGCGGCUUACUCGUACCUGAUGGUCUGGUGGGCGAAUGUCGCCGGCGACACGGUUCGCAUUCCACCGGAAGUGAUGGGCCUGACGUUCCUCGCCGCCGGCACCAGCAUCCCAGAUCUGAUCACCAGCGUGAUAGUCGCGCGGAAAGGAUUCGGCGACAUGGCCGUGUCGAGCUCGGUUGGCAGCAACAUCUUCGACGUGACCGUUGGGCUUCCGGUACCGUGGCUGCUGUACGGCUUGAUCUACGGAAGGCCCGUGGAAGUGAACUCGGUGGGGAUGGUGUGCAGCAUAGCGAUCCUAUUCUGCAUGCUGCUGUUCGUCAUCUUGAGCAUCGCCUGUUUCAAGUGGCGGAUGAACAAGGGCCUCGGGUUCACCAUGUUCCUCCUCUACUUCGUCUUCGUCGCCGUCUCGCUGAUGUUCGAGUACGAGUUCCUGGUCUGCCCGGUCUAGGAACGAGGAGCAACCGAGCAAGGUAGAGGUCCAACGAGGACGGUAGAUGGACGCACAUAUACGGGUCUCGUCAUCGUCAUUAUCAUCGUCGUCGGCGAGUGGUCCACGGCCGAUGAGAGAAAUCUUCCUCGAGCGCCGCAUCGAUCGAAAAGAGGAAAGAGAAAGA